AUGAAACAUGGUCCGAAUGGUUCCGAGCGUGCAGCCGGUGCGCUGAUGACAGAACCGGUGGCAGUUGCAUCGACGUCUUCUGGUGCUGUAGACUUGCCGGAAAACGAUGAGCCGUCGACUGUAGCAGCAUCGCUCCCUAGUGUUUCUUGCAUGGCAUCCAGAACGUCGGAUGUUAUAUGCAAUCCGUGGAGGAAUUUGGUCAGUCAGAACAGACGCCGUUACAAAAAGGAUAGCUUCGAUCUGGAUCUUACCUUUUAG